AUGCCUCUCCGCGGACCCGUUCCCGUGAGGCUCUGCAAGAAGGAGGACAGCGAGGUGGUCAAGCUCGGCCCGAUGACCAUCUACAUCUUCGAGGACGGGAGCAACACGGAUAACCGCAUCGGCUGCAUGACGCUGGAGUUGCCACCGGGGACGUCGGGCCCGCCGAUGCACUGGCACCGGUUUCACGACGAGUGCUUUCUCGUAACCAAGGGGACGGUGCGAUUUACGACGCCUGAGGGGCAUGUAGAUGCCGAGGAAGGGCAGUUGAUGGUCGUCCCGCCAAGGGCAAUCCAUACCUUCUCCAACCCCUCGGACAGUGUCCCCGCGGAGUUCUUCAUGACUUCUACCCCUGGGUAUUAUAUGGAUUACUUCCGGAUGAUGGGCAAGAUGGUCGAGGAGGGGAAGAAGCUUACGCGGGAGGACACACAGCACUUGAUGUCGUUGUUUGGAACAUUCCCGCCUGAUGUGGAGUCUGAGCCGUAG